AUGGAUCUCCAAGCCAUGAAUCCCAACUUAACUCAACCCGAUAGAAGAGUGCUUGAGUUACUACUAAAAGAUGUGCAAAAAAGUAACAAAGCCAAUCCCUCGGACACUCCUGCAAGUCAAGAAAGCCAAGCUCAAAUCGACGAGCAAAUCUCGAUUUUAGAAGCACUCAACGAUGAGAGCAACGAAAAAUUUCAACCUACAGUAUUUACAAGUUGGGAUCAAGAAGAUCUUGAACGCCUCCCUCGUCCUUUAUACCAAUACAUACUUGAGCCAUACGUACAAUGGGCGAAAGGAGUAGUACGUCGACCAACAGAUGUUGUCUUCCUCACACAUAUCAUCCUUUACCUCUGCACGUCGGUCCCGAGCGCUAUAAUUUUAUACAACAGGUUCUCAUUGAUACAUGGCUUCUGCCAUUGGAUCAUGCAGGCACUUUACUGCGGACCUUUCACCCUUAUGCUUCACAACCAUAUUCAUAACAACGGAGUUUUGGUAAAGAAAUACGCAUGGCUCGACCAAACGUUUCCAUACCUCCUUGAACCCCUCAUGGGUCAUACAUUACAUUCUUAUUACUACCACCAUAUCAAAUGUCAUCAUGUUGAGGGCAAUGGACCAGACGAUAUUUCUUCGACUUUGCGGUAUCAACGGGAUGAUAUAAUUGAUUUUCUGAAGUACUGGGGUCGCUUUAUGUUCUUCAUCUGGCUUGAGCUUCCAUUGUACUUUUUCCGGACUAAUAAAAUAAGAUUAGCGUGCGAGGUGCUUUUCUGGGAGAUUGGCUCAUACGUAGGCAUGUAUGUGAUGGCUAGAUUGAACUUCUGGCCAACCCUCUUUGUAUUGUUGAUACCCUUCAUGCAAAUGCGAAUUGGAUUGAUGGUAGGGAACUGGGGUCAGCAUGCACUGGUUGAUGAAAUUGAUCCCGAUUCGGAUUACAGAUCAUCCAUUGUUCUGAUUGAUGUGGCGAGCAACCGAAACUGCUUCAACGACGGUUGGCAUACGGCCCAUCAUCUCAAUCCACUUCGACAUUGGCGCGAUCAACCACUCAGUUACCUGAAAGGAAAACAAAAGUACGAUUCUGGCAAAGCUCUCGUCUUCCAAAAUAUCGAUUACAUUAUGAUGUUCAUCAAACUGAUGCAGAAGGAUUAUGAACAUCUUGCUGGAUGUCUCGUUCCGACAGGGGAAAAUAUUGGGAAGAGCAAAGAGGAGCUGGCAGCUAUGCUGAGGACGAAGACCCGCAAGUUUACGGAGGAGGAUAUUCAAAAGAAAUUCCGAAUUAAAAAGGCUUCCUAG